UUGCUGCUCACUGACGGCUUGACGCAUUCGGCUCUGAUGUGGGGGCUUCUGUGACUGUGUGGAGGCGCCAGGCGCGCUCUAGUGGCCGCGCGGUGUAACUGCAGGGAGUCGCAAGGCAGAAGAUCCAGGAGGAGCGAGAACGGUGCUGGGGCGUGCGAGUGUGAGCCACCUCGGCGCUAUUUAUCAAGUGUUUUAGCGCCCAAUUGAAAGGAUGCAGUGGUCCGUGAACUCACUGCCCUUGCCUCCAUAUGUUGAGGUGAGUGGCCUUCUGUGGACGCUCCUGCUCUUGUUCCUGUGGCACUGUUACCGAAUGGGCUCAGAUCUCCCAUUGGUGGCUCAUGCACAAGGGGGAAAAGCGGGUUCAAGAAGGUCUGCUAGUGGAAGCUGUGCUGGUAGAAAGUACAAUGACCACUACAAGCUUUACAAUGGUGAUCCAAAGAGGCCUUUUAUUAGCAUGGAACCCGAAGAGGAUGAGGAGCUCGGGCGGGGAUAUGUCACGCCAGUGCUGAGCCAUGCCGUGUUCCCAGUCCACGCAUCCGCAGGGGCCAGGAAACUCUACUCAGCCCUGCAAGAAUAUGCCAAACGCUACAGCUGGGUGGGAAUGGGUCGCAUACAUAAAGGCCUUCGAGAACAGGUCAGACUGAAUGAUCAUUCGACUAUACAAAAGCCACACCUCUUCUUCCUGCCGGAUGUCCCGAGUGUUCCUUUCUUUCCACGUGAUGCCCACAGGCAUGACAUUGAAGUCCUGGAAGCCAACUAUUGUGCCAUCCUGGGAGAGUUCCAGGCUGUGUACCAGAGAGGCACCGACUCCGAAGUUGGCUGGACUUUUAUGGGGCCUAAGGGCCAGGCUGUGUUUCCACUGUACAGUGCAGGCGAGUGCGUGGCGGCCAACUGUCGCUCCUGUCCCUGCACGUACCGGACACUGCUCUCUCUUCGCACAUUCAUAAGCAGCAACUCUUUGGGAUCCGCUGGAUUUUGGUUGCUGGGGCCAGGUUCUACACUGGGGAGCUCGUACGGACCCACUAAUGCACGGCUGCGCUGUCAUCUAGGUCUGCAAACCCCCCCUCUGUGUGAGCUGGUGGUGGGAGGGGAGCCUCAGUGCUGGUCUGAGGGACACUGCCUCCUGUUUGAUGACUCAUUCCUACACACGGUCUCGCACAAAGGGCCCCCAGAAGCUGGACCCCGAGUCAUUCUCAGUGUGGACCUCUGGCAUCCGAAUGUGGCUGCAGCUGAGAGACAAGCGCUGGACUUCAUGUUCAGCCCCAAUCUCUGAGCGGGCCAUCACUGUGAGCUGUGACUUGUCAAUCCAUGCUGACCUUGGACCUGGCGGUUAUGCAACACGCGGGGGUGCCUUAUGUGAACCCCGCACGUUCAUACAUUUAACCCCAGUCUGUGAAUCACAUUUGCUCACACUGGAGUGCAUGAAAAUAUUACUACGGAUGAACUUUGGCGUACAAGAAGACCGAAUUUAACACCCAAGCCGAUGAGUCAUUCUUUCCUCCACACCACGACGUUACAUAAUAUACUCACAAAUACUGUUUGCAUGUGAAACGUGAAGUGCUCUGAAUGCAGCCAACAUACAUUCAUGAAAUAAAAAUGGAAAUUCCAGUUUGUCUUUGCUCUGCUUUUUGAUGUAGAAGGCCACAAGUAUUUAUCAUGCCAUUGUUUUCUUUGCCUUUGGCCUG